CCGGCGCGGCGCGGCCUGGUAAUGGCGCACCGCGCGGGCAGGCGGGCGCUGUCGCUGCUGCGGGGCCGCCUGCACCUGCCCGGCCCGGCGGCGGCUGGCGGCCGGCUGGCCCGCCUCGGCUCCUCCGGCGUCGCGGCGCGGAGAGCGCCGCAGGCAACUGGCGCCGAGGAGGCGGGUGAAGAUGCUGAAGUCAAUAGCAGAAAGAAGACAUUCAUUGAGGUCCAAACAGAACGACUGGAGCAAGCAGAACGGACUGUUUUAAUUAAGUGCCCACCAAAACUUAAUGAAAAAAAAUUAUUGCAGUAUUUAUCUAGUCAUGGAAACAUUAAGAGUCAUUUCUUGUUUGAAAAUCGUGGUAUCCACGCUUUAAUAGAAUUUUCGGAAAAGAACAGUGUAGCAUCAUUGCAGGAUGCUGUUGGAAUCCCAAGUGCUGUAGAGCAUCAUGUUGUUCCAUUUAAAUCUAGACUUUUUACUUUCACACUGAAAAACCCACUGAGUCAAGCUGCUGAAGAGACAUCAAUUCACCUCUCUCCUCAGUCUCAUAUUCCAGUGAAAGAUCUUAUUCAAAAGCUUUGCUGUGCAGACAGUAUAAGCAGUCAGAUGUACAUUCUACUGAAUGAGUAUCAGCUUACAGAAGAAAAUACCAAGCUCCGAUUUCUGGCCUGUUCUCUGGUUCGGGAUUUCACACGUGCGUAUUUUCCAGACAGCGUGGUAAAGCCAUUUGGCUCUUCAGUCAACACCUUUGGCAAACUGGGAUGUGAUGUGGACAUGUUUCUGGACUUCCAUGACACACAAAAGCAUGCUACAAAAAUGAAAAAAGGUCCUUUCGAAAUGGAGUAUCAGAUGAAAAGAUUACCAUCUGAGAGAUUAGCAAAUCAGAAAAUUCUUUCUGUGAUUGGUGAUUGCCUUGAUAAUUUUGGUCCUGGAUGUGUGAGCAUACAGAAGAUACUCAAUGCUCGCUGCCCACUGGUGAAAUUCUCCCAUCAACCAACAGGAUUCCAGUGUGAUCUGUCAGUGAGCAACAGCAUUGCUAUAAAAAGUUCAGAACUCUUGUAUAUCUAUGGCUGUCUUGACUCCCGUGUAAGAGCACUAGUAUUCAGUGUACGAUGUUGGGCCCGUAUUCAUGGACUUACAAAUAGUGUCCCUGGUACCUGGAUUACAAACUUUUCUCUGACCAUGAUGGUCAUGUUUUUUCUGCAAAAGAGGUCACCACCUAUCAUUCCAACACUAGACCAACUUAAAGAACUGGCAGAUGACAAAGACAAGCAUGUGAUUGGAGGAUACGAUUGCUCAUUUGUUAGUGAUUUAAGCAAGAUUAAACCUACAAAAAAUACAGAAACACCAGAUGUAUUAUUGAGUGAGUUUUUUGAAUAUUUUGGAAACUUUGAUUUCAGAAGGAAUUCCAUAAAUCUUCGAAAGGGAAAGGAAGUAAAUAAACCUGAGUCGUCUCCUCUUUAUAUCUGGAAUCCCUUUGAACAAGACCUUAAUAUCAGCAAGAAUGUUAAUCAGCCACAGCUGGAGAAAUUUGUAGCUAUGGCCAGGGAAAGCGCCUGGAUUUUACAGAAGGAAGAUAAUAAUCAGCGAAUGAUCAAUAAAGAGCCUUGGGGACUGGCAGCCCUACUGAUACCAUUUGGAAAAAGUGAUCACAGCAAGAUGAAGAACAGGAUAAAAGGCAUAGGAAGUGAAACAAUCAGAAGCCUCUUGGACUCUUUAAAGUUAAAUAAUGCAAGCAGUCUACAAAAAGCAGUGGAAAAGUGACUUUCAGCAUACAGUAGCUGAUAUUCUGUUUUAGGAAUUGAAUGUGACACACAGUCCAAAAAACAGUACUUUUAAUAUUUCUGUUAUGGUGAAAGAGAGAGUUAAAUGACCUCUGUUUUCCGUUGUGAUGCUUUUUGUACAGGUCUGUUUUCUUUCUGUACAUUUUUCUCCUUACUCUUCACGUUUCCAUCUGGUUUGUGAAUGAAGAGCAUUCAAAUGCAAGUUUUACAGAUACAUUUUGGAAGUAGCUUUCAGCUGGGCAUGCUAAAAAAAAAAAAAAAAAGAAUAAAAAAAAUGAAAAAGACUGACAGGAGCAGCAUGGGAAAAAGCCCUUGGGAAUUCUGUUGGCUAACAUACAAAUGAUAUGCUAAGUAAAAGUUCAAGAAACAACCUCCUUUCAGUGAAACCACAGUUUGAAAGAAGAUGAAUGUUAGAACCAUUGCUUCCAUUCCAGCCAUGUUCUGGAAGCCAGUAAAACCAAAGUGCAUGUAUCUACUUUUGCAAUUGAUUUCUAUUCACAUAGAUGGUGCCAAGACAAAAUAAAGAGAAUGGAAUUAGAUAGUAAGGUUUGCCAUUUCAUAAAGCACUGCUCUUCAAGGGUAGUACAACUGGUGGUUUUGCUCUUGUGUUUACCACCUGAUCUCAAAUUUUUUCAGUCAACGCUCUUUUGUUUUCUGUACCCAUAGGACUGGUUCCCACCCACACUUGUGUAUACACUCGUUUCUCAUUUUGCCUUCUCCUUCACUUUAAACCUGUAUUUCAGGUUCAGGCAGGGACUUUUGCAUGCCCUUCUUGCCUCAUCAGUCUCCUCAGAGUUGCUGCCUACUAGGCAACACCAAAGCCUUCCUCUGGCAGAAAGAUCCAUCCCUUCCAGAGAUCCAUAGGGAAUCAUGUAUUGUGCUGGAGGCCUGUUCCCAGUCUUACUUUGUUUUUCAGGUAUUCAGCAGAACAGUUGACUGUCCCCCUUCCAGAUCAGGUGGGCCAGCGGGAGUCAAUGCUUCUCCUUGACUUAAAUCAUUGAGUUCUGUGUCUAUCUGCCACAAAAGAGAGUGGUUUCAGAGGAAGGGGGAGAAGAGAGGGAAGGAAGAAGUCAGAAAGGGAGAUCCACCUGUGCAUUAAAACUAAAUGGCAACGGUGAUAACAACUCUACAGACUGUUUAUUCUUAACAGAAAUGCCAUACAGGAAAUUACAGUAACUCUUUAUCAUACAGGUGCAACAUUGAUGAUGAUUACUGUUUCAUUUUCAGUAUUUUUAGAUUCUUCAGUGUUGCAGUGGUGUAUGAUUUUGUGUAGGCUUGGUUUUUAAUGGGGUAGCCUGAACAUUUAAAAUGUGUUUUCUCCUUUCCGUGAGGAAAUACUGUGGGCAGUAAUGCAUACUUCCAAAGUACUUUCCAGCAGUUGGCAGACUAAAGGGUUGGACCUUGAGUGGCAGGAAGACCCUCUUACAGAUCAAUUCCAUAUUAGUGUAUUUGGAAUUUUAAAUAAUAUUCAUAUGUGUCCAUUUCCAAUUCAUAAAUGUUUUCUCAAAUAGUGACUCACAUAGUCAUUAUCUUGGUCACAAGAAUUAAUUCUCAUAUUAACUUAUUUGAGAUUGAACCUUGAAUUUCAAAUUUAAUUUUAUACCUAAAUCCUGGUGCUAGUCUAUGAACUUUUUUUUGGAGGCUGGUAUGAAGUUUGUUGUAACUUGUUACUGGUGCUAACCCAAAGCCUUUGAAAACAAGGUUGGCACUGAUGUGGUAAGGAGUCUGUUGCUACCUUAAUCUUUACAGAACCUGGAGAUACAUUUUCUGCUGUUUCACCACCAAUAAGACUGAAGGUUUUUGGAGAUUCGGGCA